AUGCAGAUUGGUCAAGUCCUCGAGAUCAAGACAAAUGCAGAGAGUAGUGCUUGGAGAAUUGUUCUUGGAAAAAUUUUAGAUGGGCAAGAGAUUGCAGUAAAAAGACUUUCUAAAGCCUCUAGACAAGGGUUACAAGAAUUUAUGAAUGAGGUGGUGGUAAUUUCUAAACUUCAACAUCGGAAUCUUGUUAGGAUCUUUGGUUGCUAUGUAGAAGGAGAAGAAAAGAUGCUAAUAUAUGAAUACAUGCCAAACAAAUUUCUGGAUGCAUUCCUCUUUGAUCCUCACAAGGAAAAACUGUUGGAUUGGAGACAACGUUUCAACAUUAUUGAAGGAAUUGGUCGAAGUCUACUUUACCUUCAUAGAGAUUCUAGAUUAAGGAUUAUUCACAGAGAUUUAAAAGCAAGUAACAUCUUGUUGGAUAAAGAGCUAUAUCCAAAAAUAUCAGAUUUUGGAAUGGCCAAGAUUUUUGGAAAUAAUGAAGACCAGGCCAAUACUAAUAGAGUUGUCGGAACAUACGGCUAUAUGUCUCCUGAAUAUGCAACGGAAGGGCGAUUUUCAGAAAAAUUAGAUGUUUUCAGCUUUGGGGUGUUGUUACCAGAGAUACUAAGUGGAAGAAGAAACUCUAGCUUUUAUCAUGAUGAGCAGUCCAUGAGCCUUUUAGGAUUUGCAUGGAAAUUGUGGAAUGCCAACAACAUUAUAGCCUUAAUAGACCCAAUGAUGUAUGAACCAUGCUUUGAAAUGGAGAUGUUGAGAUGCAUACAAGUCGGCCUGUUAUGUGUGCAAGAAUUUGCCAAAGAUAGGCCAAUUGUAUCUAUUGUUAUUAAUCUUUGA